AUGGACAAUUUUUUGAGUAAAAUGGAAAGAGAAAAGCCAAUCAGGUUUACUGCUGAGCUGCUCAGGAUUGCAACAGAUAAUUAUUCUACAUCAUUGGGGUCAGGAGGUUUUGGAGAAGUUUAUGAAGGAAAUUUGAGAGAUGGAACAACUGUGGCUGUGAAGGUUCUACGUGCAAAUUCUGAUAAAAGAAUUGAGGAACAGUUUAUGGCAGAAGUGAGUACAAUUGGAAAAAUCCAUCAUUUCAAUCUAGUUAAGUUGCAUGGAUUUUGCUUUGAAAAAGGCCUGAGAGCACUGGUUUAUGAAUACAUGGGGAAUGGAUCUCUUGACAAGUAUCUGUUUAAUAAAAACAAGAACCUUGGAUAUGAAAAGUUGCAUGAGAUUGCUGUUGGGACAGCCAGAGGCAUUGCGUACUUGCAUGAAGAUUGUCAGCAAAGGAUAAUCCACUAUGACAUCAAACCAGGAAAUAUUCUCUUGGACAGAAACUUCAAUCCUAAAGUUGCUGAUUUUGGAUUGGCCAAACUCUGCAACAGGGACAAUACUCAUAUAACUAUGACAGGAGGUAGGGGCACUCCAGGUUAUGCUGCACCUGAGCUUUGGAUGCCAUUUCCUGUGACUCACAAGUGUGAUGUUUACAGCUUUGGAAUGCUGCUAUUUGAUAUCAUAGGCAGGAGAAGAAACCUUGAAAUUAACCUUUCAGAGAGCCAAGAGUGGUUUCCAGUAUGGGCUUGGAAAAGAUUUGAUGCUGGAGAAUUUGAAGAAUUAAUAACUGUUUGUAAGAUUGAGGAGAGGUACAAGAAAAUGGCUGAAAGAAUGGUGAAGGUAGCUUUGUUUUGUGUUCAAUAUAGGCCAGAAUCAAGACCAAUUAUGAGUGAUGUGGUGAAAAUGUUGGAAGGUUCAGUGGAAAUUGCUAAACCAUUGAACCCUUUUCAGUACAUGAUAGAUGGAACCUUCCCAGGUCAUUCUGUCCAUACAUCCAUGACUGAUGUUAAUACAAGCGUCAAUUCCAGCUCUUCUGUUAUGGUGACCCAACCUGGCAUUGUAUAUGAUAUUCCUCUCAUGAGAAAUGAUAUUGAAUUGGUCUCUAGCAUAGGAGUAUAA